AUGGACGGCUACUCGAUGGUGCAAGCAGACCCCCAUUAUAACCACCCUGGACAGCGACCACCACCAAAUUGGCCACCCCAUAUGAUGUCGGCGCAUGCGCACUCGGGGCAGGCAUCGCCUGGAGUCGCAGACCAUGGUCAACACUACCCAUUCUACUCACAGGGCCCUGGAAGUGGACAGUCUCAAAACCCCGCCAAUCCAAAUCAACCCGGUAAUGGUGGCUCAGGAGACCAUGGUCACGGUCACGGAGGGAUGAGCAGGACGGCUUCUUCGUUGUCGUUGAACCUCUCAUCGUUGACCGUAACGUCCCCCGCGAAUCUAUCACCCAUUAACCCCCCGCAGUCAAGCCAUGGACACCCCACGGCCGCGCUCUCGCCUGUGACCCCGCUGAGCCCACCAAAUAAUAAUCCAUAUCACCACACUCAUCACAGCAUUACUUCCCAGUUCCAAUUCAACGUCCCCGAAAACACUUUACCUCCCGUGCAGCAGCAGUCUCAGGGAGCGCCUGGGCAAGUUCCUGGAAGCAGUCAUGGACAUCUGGGUAGCGGAAAUUCUACACCUUACGACGAAAGCACGCCUCAACUACCCUUCGAUCGGCGUAUGUCGUCGACGCCUACCACGGGCUCGCGCUCUUCAUCCGCGUCCACGUCCCACUCCACUUCGACGUCCCUGUCGAACAUCAACGGCAGCAGUGGUCUUCUUCGUAAGCGCAGUUUCAGUUCCAAUGGGGCAAGCACAGACACGUUGGUUGAGGUUGACGAAGCGUACGAUGAGUCUAUGGACACCACGACUCCUGGCUCGACGGCCUACGACGAUGGCAUGGACAUGCGCUACACUCCAGGCCCAGGCUCUGGCACCGGUAACGUUAGCCCAGUCGAUGGCAGCGGGAGUGGCGGUGAGGACGGCUUGAUGGGUAGCGGAUCUGGUAACGGCACUGGCGACGGCAUGGGUGCCGCUUCUGGUCGUCCCCGGAACGGAGAGGGGAGUGGGUUGUCGAUCGGUUUGGGAUCUGUUGGUAGUAUGAACAUACUUGGCAAGCCCAUGGCCACAAACAACUUCGUGACUAAAUUAUACCAGUGA